ACUAAUGUAUCAGUUCGUGCAAUACUCGCUACGAUCAUGUUGAUAGUAUGGUGCAUAAGGUUUGGAUGGUUCCUUGGCACACGUAUACAUAUGAACAAUGGACGUGAUAAACGAUUCGAUGGUGUACGUGAUCAACCUAAAACACUACUCGUCUAUUGGACACUACAAGGACUAUGGAUAACCUUCAUCAUCACGCCCGUCAUGCUUCUCUCAAUCAAAAGGAGUGACUAUGUUAUCUUGUUGGCUUGGUUCGGUGGUCUUGCACUUGAGACCUCAGCGGAUAUGGAGAAGAGAGCAUUCAAUGGAGAUAAGAGGAACAAGGGAAAGUGGAUAACGACUGGCUUGUGGAGUUGGUCAAGACAUCCAAAUUAUAUCGGCGAGAUAAUCAUUCAAUGGACGUUAUAUACCUUUGUGGUGCGUGGAUUGCCAACAUGGACCCUAUGCAUCAUCGCACUCAUCUCUCCACUCUUCACCUCAGUCUACUUGUACAAGAUCGCAGCACCCAUGCUCGAAGCAAUCGCGCACAAACAAUGGGGCAAAGACGCCAACUACCAAGCAUACCUCAAGUCAACGCCAAUCUUA